UUUUAAGAAAAUGGCAGACAAACCAGACAUGGGGGAAAUCGCCAGCUUCGAUAAGGCCAAGCUGAAGAAAACGGAGACGCAGGAGAAGAACACCCUGCCGACCAAAGAGACCCCAAGCUUCCUUCUAAAUCCCCACACCUCGUGGGUGCCUCGCCCACACUGGGAAGCACCUCGGUUGCGGGUGGGGGUUGCAGCUCCCCUCCAGCGCCCGCUUCCCGCUCUCCACAGCCAUUGAGCAGGAGAAGCGGAGUGAAAUUUCCUAAAAUCCUGGAGGAUUUCCUACCCCCGUCAUCUUCGAGACCCCAGUCGUGAUGUGGAGGAAGAGCCACCUGCAAGAUGGACACGAGCCACAAGCUGCACUGUGAACCUGGGCACUCCGCGCCGAUGCCACCGGCCUGUGGGUCUCUGAAGGGACCCCCCCAAUCGGACUGCCAAAUUCUCCGGUUUGCCCUGGAAUAUUAUAGAAAAUUAUUUGUAUGAAUAAUGAAAAUAAAACACACUUCGUGGCAUGGC